AUGGGUAUGCAUUCAAUAUCAUCGAAAGUGCUGACAUCAAUUGUACAUGAGAUAGCAACUGCUACUGCAACUAUUCCAGUACCACAUGAACAACAUGGUCACCCACAUGGAUUACCCAUUUUGAAAGAUCCAAAUUUGACAGAUUUAGAAAGAACAUACUGGACUAAUUAUAAUACAACAACAUAUUUCACUACAUGCAUGGGGAAAAGAUUUGCAUUGAAAUAUCAUAUCACAACACUAUUACUCAUUAUCAUUAUCACUUAUCCUGCAUGCCUCAUACUAGAAAACGUAAAAUCGAAAUGGUAUUUACCAUGUCUAACUUUGAACCUUAUAACAACAUUAUCCUCUUUAUUAGCCAUAUUAAUCUUCCAUAUAUCGUUCAAAGGUAAGAAUGAUCCCAAUUGGUAUCCUAAUAACAUUUAUCCCAAAUUGUGUUGGAUAUUGUUCAUUUGGAUCAUCGUUCAUUACAUAUCUGCCAUAUUAAUGACGAAAUGGUAUAUAAAGGAAACGAAUAAUCCAAUUAAUUACUCUCAUUUCCAACCAAAUAAUAACUAUAAAAAAAAUAAAAAUAAAAAUUCAAGACAUCAAGAAGACUUCCCAUUACAAGAUCUAUCCCAUACAACAAAUUCUUCAGAGAAUCUAACUGGUGCUUCAUCUUCAUCUAAUACUUUGCCAUCUCCACCUGAGCUUCAAAACUCACCUUCAUUCAAUCUCGAUAAUGAUAACUCUUCGUCGUUAUCAUUUUCAACAUCGUCGCCUUCAAACGCUAAAACGACACGCCUAUCAAAUAACAUUAUGUCAGAUUUAGAAAAUGGUCCAAUAACCACGACAAGGUUCCCAAUGAAACAAUCAAGAUUAAAAUCAAUAGUAAAAAUUAUAUUCUAUACUCUAAACAUACCAUUAUUUUUAUAUCUAUUAACCUACAUGGGCAUAGGAUUCGCCAUAGGAAACCUAUUCGGUAAAGGUAUCAGAGUUUAUAACUUAUUAGCACAUUGGAUUAAAGGUGGUGUUUUCUUCCUCUUAGGUAUAUUAUCAUUAUCAAGAUACAUGGGAUUAGGGUCUAAAUAUGGUUGGGCAUGGAAUAAAAUCCUCUUCUUUGAAAAUAAUGAUCCGUUACCAAUGAUAUUUUCACAUGGAGUAAUUACUAUGGAAGGAAUGGAAUCAUUCCUUAUAUUCUUUUAUGGGAUAACUAAUAUCUUUUUGGAACAUUUGGCUGGUGCAGGUGGUGCUUGGACCCCUAAGGAUCUACAACACGUUUCCAUCGCCUUCAUAUAUAUCGGAUCAGGGUUAUGUGGUCUCCUUGUGGAAUAUAAAUUAAAAGAUUGGAGGUAUAAAACAGCAUGCGAUAAUAUUAUUAUGCAAGAUAUGCAAGAUGAUCCCAACACGCUCGGAAAGAUAGUGGCAGCAACACCUGGGUUUUCACCAAAUCCGUUUCCAACAUUGACGAUCUUUUGGACGGGUAUAUUGAUGUCUCAACAUGCUCAAAUAUCAAUGACUUCCACUAUAAUUCAUACUCAAUGGGGGUAUUUAUUAUCAUAUGGAUCUAUUUUCAGAUUAUUCACAUUCUUAAUCCUUUAUUUCAAUCCAACCAAAUUGACAAGUUUAUCGUACCCAUUUACAGAAUUAAUUACCUCAUUUUGUUUGAUUUGUGGUGGGAUAGUAUUUAUGGAAUCAACAGAUCAAGUAGUGGAAGCUUUCGAAUAUAGAGGUUUGACUCCAAUGUUUACUUUCAAUUUAAGUGUAGGUGUGACCACGUUGAUUAUGGCUUGGGUUAUGCUGGUAUCCAUGUGGCAAAAUUGGUUAUCCAAAGAAAAAGUAUCAACGUCACAUUCAAGAUUGACUACGGUCAAUACAAGCACUGGCUAG